AUGGUGUUCCACAACUGCCACCGUUGGCUGCCUGCUGUCCCUGGUGCUGUAGCUGACGCUCCACUCAGCCGCCAGGACGUCUACAAUGCUUUUCAGGACGAAACUUUAGGCUGCGAGUUCAUCGCUUUUGAACCCGUCUUACCUUCCGUUUCUAGCCGAUGCCUGCCCCAGCUUCCGAAGAGCGUAUUUCUUCAAGAGCCAAGUGCUCAUUGUCCAGAAGGAUGGAAGCGUAUCCGACAAGCACCACUGGUGGGUAAAAAGUGCCAAGCCGCGCAUGUCAACAGCGCUGGCAACGUGGCAUCACCGGAGUCAAUUCGUGAUCGUGCCGACGCUUAUCGUAGUCAUCUUAAGCGCUGUCCAUACCACCGACCGGAGGUUGUUGCUACAACCCUUCCUGCAAUUUCGUCUAACAGUGACGAAGCAGGCAGCUUCUGCGACGGCAAGUUUGAACAGUUCAUCGGCAAAGUGGCUUGUGCGCGCGAACGAGGGCGUCUAUGCAAUGUAUUGGGAAACCUUGGCUUUAUUAUGCUGUAUUCGUGGUACGGCAAGGGCAAUCGACUCAUCGGCAUCAUUCGAAAUGAGGUCCGCGAACGCAAUCGCCGGGAAAGUGAUUUCGGCGAGUGUCGAAGACAGAAGAAGCCUGUUGACCCUGCAGAGAGACCAAACCAGCAGAUGCACGGAGUUUCCAAUCUAGCAACCUCGCUGUUCGCUCUGGCUGACGUUACCGAUGUAGACUACAUGGAGACUGUUGGAGCAGUGACUUUUCGUUGGACGCCAUCGUCGAUCUAG